AUGGCGUACCUCAACGGCCAUGCUUCCUACUACUCCGACGGGUACACGUCCGCUCGACCAUCCCAAAAUGCUCAGCCUGGGUACAGUCCGCAAAAGGAGCAAAGAACAGCCCUCAGCGUCCUGGAGAUGCUAAACCCCGCACCGCGGCACCAACUCCGCCGGGCAGACACCACACCCCCAUCGGGAGCAGCAUCCCCCGGACACGGGACAUGGUCUCCCUCUGGAGGCUCUACAUCCCCAAACAACUACACCUUCUCCACCUCCUCAUCCACCGUUGGGUGGGAGGACAGCCGGCCACCAGCGCGGGGAAACGACCUUACCCCCAUCCACCACCAAAACGAGCCACGAGCCUGGUUGCCCCCAAUCGUGGCACCCGCUGAGAGCCCAAUACGUUGUGGCUAUGGUGGUCACGGGAACCACUCCCCGUCACGAACCUCGGGUCAUCACCCGGCGCAAGGGCAUGGAGCGCGAACCCAUGUGUCCACAGGUUCAUACGGUAAUGGUGUUUAUUUCGGCACGCUUGGCAGCGAGCGGGACGUUUCUACCCCAUCAACCCGAGAUGGGUCCGAAGGCCCGUCUUCGAUAUCGUCAUCAUCGGCGGCUGCAGCAUCAAAGUCGCGGCAGAACUUCACGCCGGCACAAAUUAAGACAUUUAUGGAUGCAGCGGAAGCCAAGAUCCUUGAAAAUGACGACCGAUGCAAGUUUAAGCGUGAGGAGAUGGAACAAAUUGCCGCAGAAGCGAAUGUGGCGCUGAAACAAGUCGAAACAUGGUACACCAACCACCGACGCCGCGGCUUCCCACAACAGACCGUCGACGUACUCCACCGCGAGAUCCAGCGCGUAGGACGCCGGUGUCGCGAGCUAGUCCAGGAAGCCGAUCAGCUGCGCCAACAGGCCGGCGCCGAUGCGAACGAUACAGACGCCGAAACGACACCCGAAGGCGCGGCUGCCCGCGCCGCCCAGCUUGAGGCCAUGCACCUAGCCGCGAGGCUAACCGAGCUGGAGAACUGGGAGCGCGAAGCCGUGCAGCGGCUGGCUAAGUUUCGGAACAAGGUCCGGGGUGAGGUCGGGUAG